AUGUACGGUUUUAUUCUUUGUUUAGUUGUUCCGCUUCACUUUUCUUCUCAUCUCUCUACCUCUUUUUUGUUGUGUGAGCGCAUUGCACCUGAUUCCUUUCUGUUUACUUAUUUAUUUAUUUUGUUUUUGUUGUUUUCUCAAUCAUUUUGGACGAUGUCACUUGGACGCCCGGAUGGAUUAGUCUCUGGGAGCUCUUGUUUUGGUAGGUGGGAUGCUGUUUUCUUGCGGAAGUGUGGUGAUGGGGCGCUUUUAGUGCGGGACGAGCGGAGGAGCAUUCAUGUGACUUUGGUCUCUCGGGAAAUUGAGGAACCCCGUUUGUUGCUGGCAGCCUGGGACCCUCAGGACGUUGCAGUGCGGGUGAAUCAUAUACUGUACGACACCGGCCCAGUCGAAAUUAGGGCUGGUGAUAAGCUUCAACUGACGAAUCUGGGGGCGUGGAGCGAUGAGGACGGGCUCUAUUUUUGUGUGGAAAAUGUCGAGACACCGGAGGAGGCGUUCCCUCUGGGCGCGCAGGACUCGGCGCCAAAGACAAUUGCAACGGAAGCCCCGUCGGAAACUCCUCGUGUGUGUGGGGAUGAAAAUGCGUGGCGUGUCUUCAUGAAGGAUCGCCUUGAGAGGGUGGGCCAAGUGCUUUCUUUAUGGACAAAUUUGAAAUCGCCGUCUUCUGUUCCCUUGUCGGCUGUCACCGCCCACGCAAUGUAA